CGUUUUGUCUGAGCACCAUCGCUCAAGUAGACUCAUUUUAAGCUGAACGCGCAUAUUGCCUCAUUAUUGAGUUAACUUCUGUCGAGUGAAGUUGGGAAGUGCCGCUACGAUUUCCGAGUUAGUCGCCGUUCAGAACACAAGUGGAAAAAUAUAUUGCAGAGAAGCCUAGCUAUUGGAUUUAGAUAACCGUGAAGAAAAAGGAGUGAAUCAAAAUACAUUGUCAAUUUCUGGAGAAGGAAUUCUUCGGCAGAUAGCGAUUUUCGGAUAGUAAUAGGAAGGUACGGAUGAUCACGAUCAAACGGCAGUUGAACAAUACAAACAGAUUUUAAGAACUGCCAAAGCGAUGAGCUACCAGUGCAUACUGGUGCUCACGCUGUCGCUUCUGGCGACGAGCGUGAGUUUAGCGAAUCCCGCCGCCACCGAGAAGGCCAUUGCCAGCAGCAGUGCCUUACCGAAGGCACAAGAUCCGCUUUUCAACAAAAUGCUGGCCGAAAAGCCAAGCAUCCCGAUGGCGCAGGAUACCCGUUUCAACAAAAUGUUCCCGGAGGUCCACUCUGAGGAAAACGAUAUCGAAGACGAGGCUAAGGAUACGCUCCUGCCGAAGAAACCUGCGGCUGACCUAAACCCAAAGUACGCCCAGCAUGCGGCAGUACUGAAGAAACUGGAUAAGAUGGAGCAACAGAAGCAGCCGAAAGCGGAGUCCACCACCAUGGGAAUAGUGCCUAUCGAGGAUAAGGACAGCAUGGACGAAUCUGAUAGCUACGAGGAUGAAGACUAUCUUCCCGAUGAAGACACCCAAAAUGUGGACGAAGAAAGUAUGCUACCACAGAUCGAAGAUCUUUCAGAUCUACCUCCUGCUCGCCCUUAUGAGAUUCAAACCGAGGUAGAUGAUGUUGAAACCAUUGAAGUAACAAAGGUCGUCACGCCCAAAAAAUAUACUGCGAGCUCUACCUCUACAAGCAAAACCCCUGUCAAAACCAGCUCUGCUGCUCCCGAUGAUGAAUACUACAAUGAUGAUGAUGAGGAUAGCAGUGAUGAGCUAGAGAAUGAAAAAAUCGAUCCUCUAGCAAUCAAUAAAUUGCUCGCCCAGAAUGCUAAGUCCACCGAAGCUGCUCCAGCUGCAUCUUCCACAUCCGCCAACUUAACUAACAAUAAGCCUAAUGCGUCCUCCGCCAAAUCAUCCACGGUCAAACCCACGACCGGGGACAAUGAAAUCCUGGAUGAAAUCGACGAGGAUGAGGAAGACUACAUGUACAAGGAUGAGUAUGACGACGAAGAUGUCGCCGACGAUAAGAUCGACAUCGACGCUGUCAACAAGCUUCUCACCCAAAAGAAACAGAAGCAAAAGGAAAGCACCGUUGCCAAUGGCAAGAAAACUGACAGCAAGAGUGCUAACCAGAACUACGCAGAUUACUAUGAUGAGGACGAUGAAGAUGACGACGAUGACUACAACCUGGAAGAACAGGCCCACGUAUGCCCUCGGGAUUGUAUCUGUGAGCGUAAUAUGCACGCCUAUCUGGUCGCGACUUGCAGCCGCCUAGACAUAGAUACCCAGAAGUUCUCGCCAUCGAUCACCGAUCUCCAGGUACUGGACGUCGGACCAAAAUAUCCGAUCGUGUUGAGCGCAGAGUUCUUCAAGCAAAUCGGACUGUCCCACGUCGUUUCGAUCAAGAUCAGCAAUUGCACGAUUGAAUACAUCAGCCCAACCGCGUUCGCAGGUCUGGACGAUCUGUACUCGGUCAAUUUGACCAGUUCAGGUAUCGACAUGCUUCAUCCGGACACCUUUGCCAAUAAUACCAAACUACGUCUGCUGACCCUUUCCGGAAACGACCUGAGUGCAAUGCAAAGCGUCAACUAUAACACGCCCUACACGGAGUACAUGCUUAAAGCUCCUUCCAUCGAAGAGCUCGAUAUUUCUAAAUGCAACCUCCAGGACCUCUUACCAACGGCUUUCAAUGAGCUCAAAAAUAUCAUCUACAUCAAUUUAGCCGAAAACAAGCUGCGUUCUCUGCCGGAAGGCAUUUUCGACAAGGUCGAAACCAUCGAGGAACUCGACCUGUCCAUGAACAGCAUCGCUGAAUUGCCCAAAACUAUCUUCAACAAAACAUCGCUGGCCAUCCUGCACCUGAAGUACAACCAGAUCAGCAGCAACUUGGACUUUAUCACGGCUGAUCUGCAGAAGUUGGACCUAAGCUACUGCCAAAUCCGCAGCAUUAAUGGUCAAAUGUUCAAGGGCAUGGACGGACUCACCAACCUCAUUCUGAAGGGCAAUCGCAUCAAGAAGAUCCACCAGAUUGCCUUCACCUCGCUGAAGAGCCUGCGUCAAAUCGACCUGUCGCAAAACAACCUGGAGCAAAUUUCGUCGCUCACUUUCAUCGGAAACAAAGACCUGGAUAUCAUCAAGUUGAACGACAACCCACGUUUGAAGCAACUGCCAGCCGAGGGCUUCCAGAGCUCGUACGGAACGUUCAAUGCGUACUUCCUGGAUGUGUCCAACUGUGACAUCUCCGAGCUGGCCGACAACACAUUCAAGACGAUGCCGCAGCUGACUCGCUUGAACCUGGCCUGGAACAACCUGCAGACUGUGGGAUCGGCUGUUUUGAGCCCGCUCGACAAACUGAUGGAACUGGAUCUGAGCAACAACUUGAUCACCGAACUGAGUGACGAGACAUUCCUGCAGAACAGGAACCUGAAUAAACUCAACCUUUCCGGAAACCAAAUAUCACGCAUAUCGGCCAAACUGUUCCUACCUCUUCAAUAUUUGAAUCACCUGGACGUUAGUGAUUGCGAUCUACGCACAGUCUGGGAGACUUCCGCCCCGAGCGCCAAGAAUGUCAAGGUUCUCCCCAACUUGAAACUCCUGAAUGCUUCGUACAACGAAAUCUCCACCGUGUACGUGUCCGACCUCGAGUCAAUGACCAGUCUCCGUGUUCUGGACAUCAGGAACAACUCACUCAAGUGCAACCCGUACCUCAAGACCCUCAUGAAGUGGCUCGGAACCAAGAAGGUAUCGCUGGGAGAUUCCAGCAAGGAACAGCGAACCCAUGCCGAACUGAACGCCUACAUCACCGAUAACUCGGCGCCACUGCUUGAGAUGAGCCAAUUCGUUCAGGAGAUCUGUGGAUCUGGUAAGAACGGCAAGGACUCACCGGUGGUCAUCAAGGACUCUGAACUGGAUGAAGACGAUGACGAAGAUAUCGAAGAAGAUGAAUCCGAAGACGAUGACGAUUACUCGGAUGAACAGAACAACACUAGCAAUAGUGACGUUGUUGAUAGCCGAGACAACGCUAAUGAGCUGUACGAUGAAGAUGACCUGGAGGACGACUCGGAGGAGGAUCGAAUUAUCGAAGUUGCAAAUGGUGUACAAACCAUCGGACAAACCAUUCUUACUGGAAGUGGAAGGGAUGACCCAUUGGAUGAGGAAGUUGUCAUUCUCGACAGGAAUGCCAUGCUUGAAAUUAGCGCCCUCUGGCUGCCGAUCUUCCUCAUCGCUUUGGGCAUUGUGGUGCUCUGUAUGGCAAUCAGCAAGACGUUCGCUUUCAUGAUGCGAAAGCGAGGAGAACGCUACCGCCAAGCGCUACUGGCUUCCAAGAAUUCCAUCGUUUACCAGAAACUGACGGAAGACAUCGUGGCGCCCAAGACACCCAAGGUGCAUCGGUACGCCCCAAUCCAACAAGUCUAAUUUUGAGACUUCAUCCCCUUUCGCAGAAAUGCUUAACAUCAAACGAAAACUCCCCUGGGUGGGAGAGCGCCUUCUUCCAAAAGCUGCUAGAAAAGAUUUCCAGUCCUUCCAAACUGAAACAGUCAACUACUUACAAUUUUUUUGUAUCAGAUUAUGCUAGUAGUAAGGUAUUAAAGUACUUAUAGCAAGAGGAAAAGUGAGUUAAUGUACGCAGCAGUAAUUGUAUUUAUUAAGUUUUUUCUUUUACAUUUCACUUAACAUCAAACAGAAUUACAUUUAACAGAUAUAAUAUCAGAAAGACAGACACUUUUUCAUUACUGAUUGGAUGGACACGCAUAAAGUGUAUAUGUUUUUGUUGAACAUUCCGUUGUAUACUGAUUUGCAGACUAUACCUCUUUGGGUCACAUACUUCCUUUUGUUUCUUCCUUCUUCGCUAAUCCUAUCGUCCUGAGCAAUUAAUAUCUAUAGAUAAAAGGCAUUGCAUAACAACGACUGGAUAAUUCCGGAUAAACAACACUAAAAACAUCAUUGGUGGCCAGAGCAGAAAAUAAAGCUAAUGAUAAUAGUGAUAAUUAAAUAGGCAACAACACAUACUUCCACCAUGUGCCAUCAGAAACUACUACUCAACGUAAACACCACAGCAAUGAAAUUUGGAUGUUAAACAUAAAUCGUACAGUCCCUGACUGAAUAACACGGAACAAAAAUUGAUUAGUUAAAAUGGCCAAAUGUUACGAGCCGUCUUGGCGAGGACCCUGCAUUGCAAAGUUUGUCUGGAAACAAAAAUUUCUGUGUAUUAUUUUUUUUUCUCUUUAAAUUAUUGUGGAACAAUUUUACAAACCGGUAACAAUGUGUCGUUUGUUUUGAUAAAAUAAAACGGUUUUAUCAAACUCAUCAAA